ACGGUGCCUGAGAACCUGAGGUCGAGUAUGGCGCGCCUGAGUGUGUGUGAAGAACAUCAGAUCUCAACAUCUCUGAUCUGACCGAGUCGUGCCUCAGAUAUCACACACACACACACACGGGUCAGUAUGGAGCACUCGCCCGAGAAACAAGUGGAUAUUUACCGAGACACGUGGGUCAGAUUUCUCGGCUAUGCUAACGAGGUUGGUGAGGCGUUCCGCGCGCUGGUGCCCGUCAGCGCCGUGUGGGCCAGUUAUGCCGUGGCCACUGCAUACGUGUCCGCCGACGCGCUGGAUAAAGGCAAGAAGGCAGCGGCGGCUCAUGCCGAGGAUGCUGGGAAGGCGGCUCGUGUGGGCGUGGCUGUGGUCGACACCUUCAUAUGGCAGGCUCUGGCUUCAGUGGCGAUCCCGGGGUUCACCAUCAACCGUGUGUGUGCCGCGUCUCUCUUCCUGCUGGCGAAAACCACACGCUGGCCACUUCCUGUGCGCAAGUGGACCACCACUGCCAUCGGCCUCUCCACCAUCCCCUUCAUCAUCAAGCCCAUCGACAGGUCUGUUGAUUUCCUUUUGGACUCCAGCCUGCGGAAACUCUACAGUAAAGGAGAAAAACCUGAAUGAGCCUCGUCACAGCACUGACCCCUGACCCCCGACCCCCAAGACUGGUGCUGGUCUUUGAUCAAGAGCAGAAAAGUGUAUCGUGUUAACUAUAAACUGUGACCUUCAAAUCCAAACUCUCAAAGACCUUAAUUUGCAUGUGUCUUACUUUCCAGUAAUUUUGUUUUUGUUUUAUUGCAUGGAUUGAAUUACAGCUUUUUAAAGUCAUUAUGUUAGUGGUGAACGGUGGAAGAAUCUAGUAAUGUAUGUUUCAAAACUGUGCAAAUGAUAAACUAGUGAAGCAGAGUUUCUGAGUUCUGUAAUAUAAAAUAAAUGUAUUUUACUGUGUAAUAUCUGAUGAUCUGUCAUGAGGUGCCGUUUCUCAUCAAGCCUAUGCAAGUUCAGUUCUGACGGUUCUGCAGGAACACAAAAUAUGGCAUUACAAAAUAAACAUAUUUUCAAGUACAA